CCAUAAUUGAAAUCCUUUUCACUGUUACUGGGAUAGGGAAAGAUAAAUACUGCCAGGCUUGCAUUAAAUGGCUAAAGGAAACUGGAAAUGUGAAUACUUAUAUUGCAAGAGCAGCCAGUCGCUUUCUAAGCAUCCCUAAGACACAUGUAGGGAGGGCAGUUGAAAGUUUAAAUGCAGUUUUCUGCACAAUGGAUGACAUAACAAAUGAGCAUGCAGUAGCUAUAAUUCCACAACUACUGAAACUGCUUUCUGUAAAAGAGAGACCUGACAUCUGUGAAUCAGUGCUACAAACACUGUAUGUGAUAACACAGAAAACAAAAGGCACAAAGGACUGGCACGUCGACUUUUUAGAGAACUUAUGCAAAACAGUUGCCCCUUUUGUAAAUGAGCAACACUCCACUAAGAUCAGGGUCUACACAUACGGUGUAUUUGGAAACCUGCUGUCAGUUGAACAGAGAGCAAACAUUUUAAAAUCAGUGGGCAUAACUUCAGUGCCCGAGGACAUACUGACAUCAGUAGAAAUGGAAAUGAAUGAAAAGCUGAAAGAAAUGCUAAGAAGUCUAAACAGUUAUUUAAGGAAUCAAAACUCAGGAAACACAGCCUCACCUUUAGUUUCCACUGCAGCAACUGAUCUUAGAAAAAAACUAAACUGGAAUCCAGUCAGCAACAGGUGGAAGAACAAAUUGGAGAAACUUGUUGGCUCAGAUGACAGUAAAAUAUCCAGAAUUGGAAGCAUUAUUUAUGUGAAUGAUGCAGAAUUCAGAAUAGCGAAGGGAAGCGAUGGUACUGAAGUCUUCUUGGGGCUGACACAGAACGGCACAGAAGUUGCCAUUAAGAGAAUGUCUAAGAGCAACUAUGAAGUGCUGAAGAACGAAGAAGGAAUCCUACGACUUCCUGAACUCGAUCAUCAUUAUAUCGUACGAUAUGUUGAUUUUGAGGAGGACGAGAACUUUGGAUAUCUUUGUCUGAAACUUUGUGAAUACACCUUGGAAGAAUAUAUCAAGAAUGAUGACCAUGAUCCACAGAUGUUAAAGAAACUUGUCAAACAAAUUCUUGAAAGUCUAAAGGUGCUUCACUGUGGAAAUCCUAAAAUUCUUCACCGAGAUCUCAAACCCCAGGACGUUUUGAUUGAUGUGACUUGGAGGACAAGAUUAGCUGAUUUUGGGAUAAGCAGACGCUUACCCAAAGGCCAAACAACUUUACAUACACGCAGUGCAGGAACCAGAUGCUGGAUGGCCCGAGAGACUUUAGCAGAAGAAUCUGUGAUAUCAUACAACCCAAGCACUGACAUCCAGGUGGCAGGCAUGCUGAUUUAUUAUAUCCUCUCUGGAGGCCAUCAUCCAUUUGGCAAAUCCUUUGAAUGUGAAUCCAACAUUUAUGAUGGGAAGUACAGUUUGGAUCACAUUCAAGAACUGGUGGCAAAAGAUCUCAUCGAAUCGAUGAUCAACAAAGAGCCAAAGGACAGACCCAAAGUAGAAGAAUGCUUAAAUCAUCCCUUCUUCUGGACUUCUCUAAAGCAGUUUCAAUAUUUGAGAGAGACCGCUAACAGGGACAAAGUGGCAAAAUAUCAAAAUACUGAUGAAAAGCUGAUUGAUUCACUAGAAGCAUGUGCUAAUGGAUCCUUCAAACUGUGGAAAAAUAAGUUUCCCCAAGAGCUGGUUCGGGAGAUGGAUGGCAGAAAGCCAUACCCUGAAACCACGCUGGGAUUACUGCGCUUUAUACGCAAUUUCCAUGAGCAUAAGCGCAAGUCCUAUCCUGACAUUGAUGUAUUGGCGUUAUUUCCUGAUCUCUUUGGGUGUGUUUACAAGUUUACCAAGAUACAUGGCUGGCAUUUAGAGACACCCUUGAAGGAAAUGUUUCUAACAGAAGAAACAAAAUAGAUUAGUACCGCCUUUGCAAUGAUGUCUACAAGCAGAGACGACUCUCAGGGGUGUCAAUAGUGAAUUUAAAUAUAGUUGAAUUCAGUAAGGAUGAAGGAUGUCAUUAAGUACUGUACAGUAUAACAACCAUUCAGAGAAAAUGGAUAUAAGCAACUACUACUAGUAGAAUUAUAGAUUGUUAAUGAAAGCUUGGAGGGAUGCUUUAUUUUGUUCAAGGAUGUAUAUAUAAGCACCCCACAGAAACCAAACUAGCAAAAUCAAAAUGUGUUCUGCAUAAUAAGGCAAAGUUUUGCAACUGUUGUUCAUUGUGACCACUUUCCAAAGGCUGAUAGAAGGAGAGAUGUUAUUUUAUGGGCCUGCUAGAAUAUGACUUGAGUAAUUUCAUUUGUAUGGUUUUAUAUUUACUGUAUUUUCCGUAAU